ACUUUUAGGUAAAGCAAAGCUAUUCUUGGAAUCACUUGUGGAAAGUAAGGAAAACAAAAUUCAUGUUGAUGUCAAUCUCACUGAUGGCUAUGGAAAUCCUACCGAGGUAUCAUUGUUCUUUCUAAAAUGUAUAAAUAAAAAAAUUUAAUAUACCAAAAUGAAAGUUCAAUGAAAAAACAACUAUAGAAAGAUGGAGUAGGUAUAUAUUCUUUUUCUUUAUUACUUCAGUAUAAAUUUUCCUGUGAUCUGGAAUACACAUGUCCGACAUCAAACGGAACGGAGGCUGACAACGAUAAAGAAAAUGGUCAAGAAGAUGCAGAGACUGACAGUACCAAGGAAGGAUGGGAUUCAAAAAGGUCAUUUUAGGGAUUAAUAGGAUUUAAAAUUAAAUCAGUAAAAAAAUAAGUCAAUUGUUUCGUAGCAUAUAAUAUAAAACGAAUAAUGUCAUUAUUGUCAAACAUUUGUUUGUUUUCUUAGAUCGGAAGAAAUAAAGAAACAGAGAUUUUCCUUGCCAGACAAGCCACUUGAUUUUCAGGUAGACUAUUGUAGAGAAACGGAGAAAUCGUAUUAUUCACAAACAAAACCGACUCAAUUCAAUUCACACCAUAGAUAUUUCUAUUCGUUCUUAACCUGUUCUCCCGGUGCUUCAGUAAAGACCGUCCUUUUUGUUGUUUCAGUGCUUGUACAAUUUAGUACAAGAGGAAACAGUAGCCACCGAAGAAAACCUGCAGUGUUUCUGCGACUCAACUAGAGGCACCAUUCUCCCAUGGCCAUGCCAUUGAAAUAAAACUAUAUUCUAUAAUCAGGCAACUGCAUGCACACGUAAAAACGAGCAACUGUAACAAACCAAUGAUGAUUCAUCAACUUGUUAUCACGAUUUAAUUGUUCGCACUGCUUGCCUACAGCUUGUUGACAAGUUGUGAACGGCUUGUUGACAACUUGCUACAGCUCAACACUAUAUACAUACAGACUUGUUACAAGUUGUUCCAACCAACAACUUGUUACCGUUCUUCAAUUCGACAACUUGUUAACAAGUUGUGAGCGACAAUUUAGUAACAAGCUGACAACUAGUUGUUGGCAAACUUGCUUUGUCAAUAAGAACACAUCUUACGUGCAGUAUGAGUGAAAUGGAGCCCAGAACGAAAGUUGAAGACACGUGCACUAACCGCUGUGCGUUUCCGUUAAGUAAAAUAGUGUACUAGUCUUUAACUUUGGUAGUCCAUCUUUCUUACUGCAGAUCCGCAUCAAAGUGGUUGAAGCUCGUCAACUUGAAGGGAAUGACAUUAAUCCUGUUGUCAGAGUUACUAUUGGCAACAAGAGGAGACAAACGCGAGUGCGCCAAUCAACAAACAGACCUUAUUAUAAUCAGGUAUCAGUAAAGUUAAAUAUUACGUUAAAAAGUCCAGAUGGCAUUUUUAAUGAUGCUUUGUCUACCUGAAACAUUCCCUUUUCAAUUAUCACUAACAAUGGUCCAUGAGUGUGUAGUUGAUCAUCCUCGACAUAUGAGCACCAGGAUUAAAGAAUCUAAUCCCCGUGCCAAAGAUGCCAAUAUAUGUGCAUGUGAAAAAUAAUAUACUUAAUUUAGAUUACAGCUAAGUGUCCGCAGAAUUUUUGCCAUGAUUGUAGGGAUCGAGGCAUGCUUCCGGAAAAUUUCAAAUCUUAGAAAUCCAGUAUGGCCAUUUUCUGCGUUUUUAGAUAAAGUUUUUGUUUUAUGUAAAACACUGUAUGAAUAUGAAUUACACACCCUCUUUACAGUAUAUUAUCUGGUUACCCUGAGGUUUAACAUUUUCAAAUUAUUCCAGUUUUCGUCAAUUUGCUAAUGCUGAUAUGCUUUUUCCUUUCAGACUCUAUUUUAUAGUUUCUCAGCAAUUACUCCAAAUGAACUUUUUGGCAAAGAGAUAAAAUUUGAGGUACAAUUUUUUCUCGUUUUUCGUUUCUUUUAACAUCGAUCAUGUGCUUAAUUUUUCAAUUUUUUUUCCACAUUCUUAAUUUUUGUUUUUUUUUUCACUUUAAACAAGGUUUUCAACUCUCGCCUGCUGCGUUCAGAUUCGUUGAUUGGAGUUUUCAAGGUAAGUCUGUUUUAG